CACACUUCAUAAUCACUCUAACCUAGGGGCAAUAGUAAGAGAGCAUAGGAGAGGAGGAGGAGCUUGAAGAGGAUGGGCUCAUCAUCUACUGUGAUGUCUUCCAAUUCUUCUUUGUUUAGCUAGCUCGAUCUGUUAGGGAUGUAAUUCGAUGAUGCUUUGUGCACUAUUUCUGUGAUUUAUUGAUUGCUUUUGUGUUUAUUAUUCAUAUAAUCGAUACUUGAUGUCAAUCUAUGCUUGUAUUAUAUAUUGCUUGACGGGUUCAAUACGAUGAUUAUUAGAUGUUUUAGUUAAUCAAUGCUUAUGAUUCUAUUGAAUGCUACUAUAGUUAUUGUUUCUACUGCUAUCAUGGGAAACAAGGAACAAAUCUCAUAUAGUAGGCAUCCUUCUGAGGUAUGUAUAGGCCGAUUGGAAAUCCUUCUAUGCAUGACAAAGGGAGAUGUUUGAUUCUUAGAUCAUCGAUGCUAUAGACUAUAGUUAUGAUUCGUAGCAGCCUACAAUUAAUUAUAUGUUAUCUUAACUUCUUUGUUUUUUAUUGAUUAGGUAAGGACAUGAAACAAAAACACGCAUUAGCUAGUCAAAUCUCUAUCACAAGAGGCGCAUGCACAGUUAGAGAGUGUAUUCAGUGGAAGGGAUAGGGCAUCUUAAUAGAAGAAGCAUUGAAGCAUCUUUUUAAUGAUAACGAACACAUGAUCAUCUACAGUUUCUAUCUAAACAUUAAUUUUCGUUGCUUUCUUGUUUGCACUGCAUCUUUGUUUGUUUAUUUGUUGCAUUAGUAGUUAGUAAUCUCGAGUUAUGGCACCUCAUCCCAUCAUAUUUACUUUUUCUUGCAUCUCGAUUCGAGCUCAAUAAGUUAGGUUUGAGUAGUUACUAUCAAAAGACCUCGUGGAAACGACCUUAGGCACAUCUAGGAUUGUCACUUGUAUUUUCUACAUCAAAUUUUUGGCGCCAUUUUCGACUAUAUUUUAUAGUAUUUGAAAUAAACUAACCUCUUGUGUUCGGCUACUUUUGAAUAUCACCUUGUUUGUUUUUGUUUUGUAGAAAUAGUACUCGAGGGAAGUAUUGCAAGGCAUCUAAGGACGAAAAUAGUUGAAGCAUCACUCGAAGAAAGAUGAGCCAAAAGCAUCAAAAGUCUAAGCAAGCAACACCUAGCCUCUCCCACUACAAUUCUGUCAAGAUAGGAUUCCUCUCGAUUGGAGUAGAGAGACAUCAAAUCAAGAAGAGCAAGAGCUACUAUGAGAGACAAAUGGACAUAACCCUACCAUAGCGAAGAUGGGGCAAGUUUCUUUCUCGAUGCAAGAUACCAAAUCAAGUCAAAACCUUCUAUGACCAUUGAAGUUAUCAUCAAAGAAAUUGCUAGAAGAUGUUCAUAUCAUCGAGGAGCCUCCCGAAGCCGAUCAAAGAAGUUCCAAUGAAGUGUCUUAAGGUUUUGAAGAGAUCAAGGUGCAAAAAGAGCUUAUGGAGCAUAAAGAUUUCGUGUAGCAUGAACAAAAGGAAGAUCAUCUCAAUGCUAACACGUAGGAAGAUAGAGAGAUCGUGGAGCAUGGAGCAUGGAGAGGAGGAUCAACAUGAGGCCAACAAGUUCAAGGAAGAAGAAGAUGAGUUUAUAACUCAAUCUUUGGAAGAAGAAGAAGAAGAAGGCAAGAGACAUCCUCAAUAAGAUGCAAUGAACGAAGAAAGCUACUCACGACUCGAUGAAAGCAUCUUACAAGCCAUGGAGACCAUGAUAGAGCAUCUUCAAGACCUCAACCUAUCCAAGAAGAGAAGGAUGAUCAACCUACCCAACAAGGAGCCUCGAGAAGCAUAGAUCAACACACAUGAAGUGAGAACCUACCGAAGCAAGAAGGUCAUCCAAUAUCUAUUCAAGUACCCUAUUGCAAACACUGAAGAAGAAGAAGAAGAAGAAGAAGAAGAUUUGAAGGCCAAUGCAUGCAAAGAUGAAGAUCCAUUGGAUGGCCAACGAAUCCGAGGAUGAAGAUGAUGAUCUUAUAAAUUUUGGAGAAGGAUGUGAAGCAUGUGGAAGACCAUGGAGUCUAGUAGAGAUCUUAGAAAUUUCUAAAAUAUAGAUAUUUGUGUAAA